AUGAGGAGGAGCUGUUUGCCGCUGCCGCUGCUGCUGCUGUGCCUCAUCUGUCACGGCAUCCACUCCAAGGGGGUCCUUCAGUCCGCGCUGGUGUUGGACAUGGCCAGGGUUCUGCUGGAUAAUUACUGCUUCCCUGAAAACCUGGUGGGGAUGCAGGAAGCCAUUGAACAAGCCAUCAAGAGUGGGGAGAUCUUGGACAUUUCAGAUCCCAAACUUUUGGCAACAGUUUUGACCGCCGGGGUGCAGGGAGCUUUGAAUGACCCACGGCUGGUAGUCUCCUACGAGCCAUCUGCUCCGGCUUCCCCCCAGCAAGAAGCGGCCACUUCUCCAACUUCAGAGCAACUCCUAAGUCUCCUCCAGCAUAUCAUAAAGUCCGAGGUACUAGAGGGCAAUGUGGGCUAUCUAAGGAUUGACUACAUCAUCGGCCAGGAAGUUGUGCAGCAGGUUGGGGCGUACCUGGUGCAACAGGUGUGGCAGGCCUUGAUGGGGACCUCGGCUCUGAUCCUUGACCUGCGCCAUGCCACAGGCGGGCAGGUCUCGGGCAUCCCGUUCCUCAUCUCCUACUUGCACGAUGAGGACAAGGCGCUGCACGUCGACACCAUUUACAACCGGCCCUCGAACAGCACGGUGGAAAUCUGGACCUUGCCAGAGGUGCUGGGUGAGAGGUAUACCAAGGACAAGGAUGUGGUCUUGCUGAGCAGCCAGCACACCGCUGGCGUGGCCGAGGACGUGGCGCACAUCCUCAGGCAGAUGCGCCGGGCCAUCAUAGUAGGGGAGAGAUCGGCCGGAGGCUCCUUGGAUAUCCAGAAACUGCCGCUUGGUGCUUCCCACUUCUACAUGACCAUCCCCGUCUCGCGUUCUGUGAGCCCCUUGAGUGGCAGUGGGCAGAGCUGGGAGGUUAAUGGAGUGACGCCCUCAGUGGCGACAUCAGCAGAGGAGGCUCUGGACAAAGCCUUGGCCAUCCUUUCCUUGCGCAGAGCCCUUCCGGGCGCCAUCAGCAACCUGAGGGAUGUCCUGCAGCACAACUACUCCAUGGUGGAGAGGGUGCCCCCGCUGCUGCGGCACCUCUCCGCCUUUGACCACAGCCCCAUCCUGUCCGUGAAGGAUCUGGCCGCCAAGCUCAACGCGGAGUUGCAGGCUGUGUCAGAGGACCCCCGCCUCUUCUCCUGGGCCCCCACUGUGCAGGAGGCAGGGGCUGCCCCAGUCCAGGAGCGGGUCGCCGUAGCCGCUGACUUACCCGAUGACGAGGGGCUUAUGCGGGCCCUGGUGGCCACUGUCUUCAAGGUUUCCAUUUUGCCGGGGAACAUUGGCUACAUGCGCUUUGAUGAGUUUGCCGACGCUACAGUACUGCUCAAGCUGGGCCCAUACAUUGUGCAGCAAGUCUGGGAGCCGCUGCAGGCGACAGACCAGCUGAUCAUGGACUUGCGCUACAACCCCGGCGGCCCCUCCUCCAGUGCCGUGCCGGUGCUGCUCUCCUACUUCCAGGACCCUUCUGCCGGCCCUGUGCCCUUCUUCACCACCUACGACAGACGCACAAACCAGACCCGGGUCCACAGCAGCGGGGCUGAGAUGCUGGGCAGGCCCUACGGGGCCCAGCGUGGCGUCUAUCUGCUCACCAGCCACCAGACAGCCACAGCGGCUGAGGAGUUCGCCUACCUCAUGCAGUCCCUUGGCCGCGCCACCCUCAUCGGCGAGAUCACUGCAGGCCGCUUGUCCCACAUGCACCCCUUCUGCCUCCUGCGGCUCUGGGAGGGCCCCGACUGCAGUCUCCUCCUCAACGUGCCAGUCAUCACAUUCAUUGACAACCACGGGGAGUUCUGGCUCGGGGGGGGGGUGGUGCCAGACACGAUUGUCCUGGCCGACGAGGCCCUGGAGAAGGCACAGGAAGUCCUGGACUUCCACAAGGGCAUGGGAGCCCUUGUGGAAGGAGUCGGGCAGUUGCUCGAGGCUCACUACGCCAUCCCCGAAAUGGCCCGGAGGGUCAGCGCCACCCUGAGCUCCAAGCUGGCCCACGGUGGGUAUCGCACGGCGGUGGACUUUGAGACGCUCGCCUCCCAGCUGACCAGUGACCUCCAGGAGGCCGCCGGGGACCACCAGCUCCACAUCUUCCACAGCUAUGUGGAGCCUUCCCUGGAAGAGCAGCCCCCCAGUAGGACCCCCUCCCCGGAGGAGCUGAGCUACAUCAUCGAGGCCCUCUUCAAGGUGGACGUGCUGCCGGGCAACGUGGGCUACCUGCGCUUCGACAUGAUGGCCGAGGCGGAGGCGGUGCAGGCCAUCGGCCCACGGCUGCUGGACGUGGUCUGGGACAAGCUGGUGGAGACGGACUCCAUCGUUGUGGACAUGCGCCACAACACCGGCAGCUACUCCACCGCUGUGCCCAUCCUCUGCUCCUACUUCUUCGACGCCGAGCCCCGGCAGCACCUCUACACCGUCUUCGACCGCAGCACGUCGCACAGCGCCGAGGUGUGGACGCUGCCCUGGGUGUCGGGCAAGCGGUACGGGUCCACCAAGGACGUAUAUGUCCUGAUCAGCCACGUGAGCGGCUCAGCGGCCGAAGUUUUCACGCGCGCCUUGAAGGACCUGCACCGCGCCACUGUCGUGGGGGAGCCCACUGUGGGGGGCUCACUUUCGGCCGGGAUUUACCACGUGGAGGGCAGCCCCCUCUACGCCUCUGUCCCCAGCCAGGUGGUGCUCAGUCCGGCCACUGGCAAGGUGUGGAGCCUGUCUGGCAUUGAGCCGCACGUCACCACCCAGGCCGCCGAGGCUGCGGCGGUCGCCCAGAGCAUCAUUGCGCUGCGUGCGCAGCUGCCCAGCAUCCUGCAGACCGUGGCCAAGCUGAUGGCCAACAACUACGCCGUCGCCGCUGCUGGGGCUGCACUGGCUGCCAGGCUCAUGGACCGCGCCGGCCAAGAGACGUACCGAAAGGUCAACUCUGAAGCAGAACUUGCUGAGAAACUGGCGGCUGACCUCCAAGCCGUGUCUGGGGACCGGCACCUGAAGGUUCAUUACGCUCCCGAGCACCUGAGGGACCGCAUCCCCGGGAUGGUGCCCAUCCAGAUGCCUUCCCCAGAAAUGUUUGAAGAUCUCAUUAAGUUUUCUUUCCACACCAGCGUGUUUGAGAACAACAUUGGCUACUUGAGGUUCGACAUGUUUGGGGACUGCAAGCUUCUGUCUCAAGUCUCUGAGCUGCUAGUCGAACACGUCUGGGAGAAGGUUGUUGACACAGACGCAUUAAUCAUAGACAUGAGAUACAAUGUGGGGGGGGCGACAUCCUCUGUGGCAGCUUUGUGCUCCUACUUCUUUGAUGAAGGACACCCGGUUCUUCUGGACAAGGUGUACAACAGACCCAACGAUACCACGCUGGACCUGUGGACUCAUUCAAAGCUGACAGGCAGGAGAUACGGCUCCGGCAAGGGCUUGCUCAUCCUCACCAGCUCGGUGACUGCUGGAGCGGCUGAGGAAUUUGUGUACAUCAUGAAGAGACUGAACAGAGCCUUCAUCCUUGGGCAAAGGACCAGCGGGGGCUGCCACCCCCCUCAGACAUACCACGUGGACGGCACCAAUCUCUACGUCUCGAUCCCAACCUCCAGAUCCACCAUUUCUGCAGGCGAUGCCUGGGAGGGUGUGGGGGUGAGUCCGCACAUGGAAGUCCCCACCGAGGUGGCACUCAUCAAAGCGAAAGACAUGCUCCGAACAGCUGGGGUGAUGGUGAAACCUCCAUGGCUACCUCCUGCGAGCAAGCAAACCUUGGGGGAGGACUGUCAGGCCUGGAAGGCCCUCUCCGCCGCCACUGCCCGCUCUGGGCGGCAGCGGCUCCUCUGCACAGCAGCCGAGCCCCGUUCCAAGGUCCAUGGUCGUGACUUCAAGCGGCAGCCCUUCCAGAAUGCCCUGGAGCCGCUGAGGGCCGCUGCCUGA